UUUCUGAUCGGAUCUUCAUCAGUGUGAAGUGUGAAUUCAGCGAGAGCCAGCUCCUGUGCUGGUCUGCUGGAGUAGUGGAGUGCGCUUCACACGGGCUAACCCCGGGGCCGGCCCAAUGCCCCCCAGUCCGCCCGUGUGCGCACAGCCGCGCGGAACUAAAAGCGGGCCCACAGCCCGGACCUAACAGGGGACUUGAAAAGGCCCAGCUAAUCUCCACCCUGUCCAAUCACACCCCAAUCCGGGACCGCUGGGGGAAAAGUAAAAAAAAGAGAGAGAGAGAGCGAUCGAAUUUCCUCGAAAAUAAUAAUUGUAAUUGAUGGCAUGCAGGAUCCUGGUGGUGCUAUAAAGCCGGCGUCCCUCGCGGCUUUCUGAUGCGUCGCCUUCGAUCGUCGAUCUCGUCGCGAAUCCAACCAGCCCGCUGCGAAGCUCGCUCUGUCCCACAAUCCCAGUGAACAGUAAAAGGAGGAGAGGAAUGGGGCGGCGCGCUUGGCAGCUGGCCGCGGCGGCGGCGGCUAUCCUGGCCGUGCUCGGCGCGGCGGCGGUGCGGCCGGCCGGGGCGGCGCCGCAGGUGCCGUGCUACUUCAUCUUCGGGGACUCGCUGGUGGACAACGGCAACAACAACCUCAUGGUGUCGAUGGCGCGCGCCAACUACCCGCCCUACGGGAUCGACUUCGCCGGCGGGCCCUCUGGCCGCUUCAGCAACGGCCUCACCACCGUUGACGUCCUCGCUAAGCUUCUGGGCUUCGACGACUACAUCCCCCCGUUCGCCGGCGCAAGCAGCCAGCAGCUCCUCACCGGCGUCAACUUCGCCUCCGCCGCCGCCGGCAUCCGGGAGGAGACCGGCCAGCAGUUGGGCGGGCGGAUCAGCUUCAGCGGGCAGGUGCGGAACUACCAGUCGGCGGUGCAGGAGCUGGUGAGCAUCCUGGGCGACGAGGGCUCGGCGGCGGCGCACCUGAGCCGGUGCAUCUUCACGGUGGGCAUGGGCAGCAACGACUACCUCAACAACUACUUCAUGCCGGCCUUCUACAGCACGGGCAGCCGCUACACCCCGGAGCAGUACGCCGACGCGCUGGCCGCCGACUACGCCCGGCUCCUGCAGGCCAUGUACGUCUACGGCGCCCGCAAGGUGGCGCUGAUGGGCGUGGGGCAGGUCGGGUGCAGCCCCAACGAGCUGGCGCAGCGGAGCCCCAGCGGCGUCGCCUGCGUCGAGGAGAUCGACAGCGCCGUCCGGAUCUUCAACCGGCGGCUCGCCGGCCUCGCCGACCGCUUCAACGCGCUCCCCGGCGCGCACUUCACCUACGUCAACGUGUACGGCAUCUUCGAGGACAUCAUGCGCGCCCCCGGCGCGCACGGGCUCAGGGUGACCAACACCGGCUGCUGCGGGGUGGGCAGGAACAACGGGCAGGUGACGUGCCUCCCGUUCCAGAUGCCCUGCGCCAACCGCCACGAGUACCUCUUCUGGGACGCCUUCCACCCGACGGAGGCGGCCAACGUCCUCGUCGCCCAGCGGACGUACAGCGCCAGGCUCGCCUCCGACGUCCACCCCGUCGACAUCCGGACACUCGCAAGGCUCUAGAGCUAGCUGCAGGGCCGGCGGCGGCCGCCGUGGCAGGCAGCAGAUCAAGCUUAACUUGUGCGCGACAGAUAUUCAUACACCAUCGUGUGGGCGCGCGUGACCCACCAAAAGGGUUCCUCUUGGGGUACGACGUGCACAGCGUAUAGGCGACAGGCUGCAAUUUUAUUUAUGGUCUCAUUUUCAAAGUGUGUAACCAUGUACGGUUUGGAGUAAACACUCAGUUGUACACUUGUACUUGGCUACUUGCAUCAUUGGGAACGAACGCUCACAACUCACAA